AUGGUCACUGUUACCACCGAUUAUAUCAGUGUUGGAGGAAAUAGGCACCCUGGUGCUGCGCAGUGGGAUGUGCAGACAGGCAUGUUGGCUUUUGGUGCGGACAACAAUGUCGCCCUGUGGGAUCCUCUAGACAAACAUGACCGAGGCGUUUAUGCCCUGCUCGUUGGACAUACCGACAAAGUCAGCGUCGUUCGAUUUUACACAUGCCCCUCCUCUGGAACGAAAUUUCUCGUAACCGGCUCCGUUGACCGCACGAUACGUGUAUGGCAACUGGAGAAUGCAGAGUCGCGCAGCUAUAUACUUGCAGCUACCCUUGAGGGUCACACAGGAUCGGUGAAUACGAUUGCUAUUGCAGACGGAACGGACAUCAUCGCAUCUGGUGCGGCCGAUGGAACGGUUCGCAUUUGGAGGAUUAAUGCCCAGGAUGAACUGAAGUGUGAAUUGAUUGAAACAAUUACUAUGGCACCACGGUAUUUCCCGCUUGCUUUGUCAUUGCAGGGACUCGGGGGCCACUCGGACACCCCUUUGGUAUUGGCAGUUGCUGGUACGACGACCAAGGUGCAGAUAUACGUCUCGGAAACAUCCGUUGGCAAGCCUGAGUUCAAGCGCUGUGCUACUCUUUCAGGACACGAAGCUUGGGUUCGAGCUCUUUCUUUCACUGUGGACAAGCAGAGUAAGGAGGGCGAUAUUCUGCUAGCAUCUGCUAGUCAGGACAGAUAUAUUCGGCUUUGGCGGCUGCAUCGGGGUGAGGCGAAUCCCCCUGCCCCGAUUGACGAAGCCGAUCCUCUGCUAGGAGGCAUGGAACCAACACUAUCGAACAAGGCCCAUGAAUUCGAAGUGCAGGACUCAAAAUACUCUAUUACAUUCGAAGCUCUUCUAUUCGGAAACGAGGACUGGAUUUACACUACUUCAUGGAACCCUGAUCCUAAAAAGCAACAGCUUCUCUCCACUUCCGCUGAUAACACCGUCACUAUCUGGGAACAGGAUCAGGUAUCGGGCGUCUGGAUGUCCGCCGAGCGAAUGGGAGAAAUCAGUGUCCAAAAGGGAUCCACUACCGCAACUGGUAGUGUUGGUGGCUUCUGGAUUGGUCUUUGGUCUCCAGACGGAACCCAAGUGGUGAGUCUCAGUCGCACAGGUAGCUGGAGAGUCUGGCGACAGGAGUCAGAUUCGGACCUCUGGGUGCAGAAAUUCGGUAUCUCAGGCCACGUGCGCUCCUCUAACGGCGUCAAAUGGGACCCCACUGGUGGAUAUCUACUCUCCACCAGUUCCGAUCAGACUACAAGGCUGCACGCUAAAUGGCUACGGGAAAACAUCGGUUCAUGGCAUGAGUUCUCUCGUCCCCAGAUUCACGGUUAUGACUUGAACUGCGUAGACACACUGGGACCUUCGCAGUUUGUUACGGGUGCGGAAGAAAAGCUUCUGCGCGUCUUCAAUGAACCGAAGCCGAUUGCUGAUUUAUUGGAGAGACUCACUGGCUUCAAGCAGUCGAAUGGUGAGAGUCUACCAGACACUGCUGAAAUUCCAGUUUUGGGCCUUUCCAACAAGGCACUUGGAGACGAAGCCCCAGUGGAAGAUGAGGACGAAGAUAAAGCCAAGCCAGAAGUAACAUCUGCUUCUGCUUCCCUGGCUGUCGAUCACCCGCCUCUGGAGGACCAACUGUCUCGCUAUACUCUAUGGCCAGAGCAUGAGAAGCUCUAUGGCCACGGCUAUGAGAUUUCGGCAGUGGCUGUCAGCAACGACCGUAGGCUCAUCGCCACUGCUUGCAAGGCCAGUUCGAUCGACCAUGCAGUCAUUCGUCUAUAUGAUACAUCAGACUGGCAUGAAAUCAAGCCAUCUCUCACCGCACACUCUUUAACCAUAACCGAUCUCUCAUUCUCCGACGAUGACCGCUACCUUCUCAGUGUUGGCCGAGACAGACAAUGGGCUAUCUUCCAGCGGAGUAAUACAGAGCCAACGAUAUUUACCAAACUCACCGCAAACCCCAAGGGCCACUCACGAAUGAUCCUGGGAGCCGCUUGGGCCCCGGUCACCAAAGAGCAUGUUUUCGCUACAUCUGGUCGUGACAAAUCCGUGCGAGUCUGGCAAACGUCCGAAGAGACCUUUGUUUGCAAGACGACUGUGGUCUUGACGUCCGCAGUCUCUGCUAUUGCUUUCUUGCCUGUAAAAUACAAGGAAUCGUUCAUUCUUGCCGUGGGCGAGGAUACUGGCUCCAUUUCUAUCCACCGAAUCGCCGCAGACACCCUUGAAGCGCAGCACAUCGUGACAGUCGAGAAAGAAGUCUCUCCAUCAAGGGCGAUCACGCAACUAUCAUGGCGGCCAAUGCCAACCGCUGAUGUGGACAGCAGCGAUCAGUUUGAACUGGCAGUGGCAAGUGAAGACACGUCCACGCGCAUAUAUGCUAUUUCGAACAUGCUCUGCUGA